GGCGCGAAGCGGAGACUGCGACGGCGACGGCGGCCGUGCCUCCGCGCGGGCGCGCGGGCAUGCCGACACCCACUCGGCCGGUCCCGGCGCCUCGGCUCCCGGAAGCGGAAGGGGAGCGCGGCCCGGCCUGGGCGGCGGAGGCGCGGAGCCGAGUGGAGAGCGGCGGAGCGGGCGGCGGUACUCACAGAGAACUGGUAUUGAAGGGAGGCCCAUAUGAUGGAAUAUGACAUGUAAAGAAAUAAAUAAAAGAAUGACUCAAGAAGAUAGCACUUCUAAAUGCAAGUGCCAGAAAAGUCACAGCUCAUCUCAGUGAAUUUGCAAGUGGAUUAUCUUCCUGUGGGCUGGCAGGCAGUCAUAGCACUGCAGGAUGGGCCUUCGGAUCCACUUUGUUGUUGACCCACACGGUUGGUGCUGCGUGGGUGUGAUUGUCUUUGUCUGGUUAUACAAUAUCGUUAUAAUUCCCAAGAUUGUCCUCUUCCCUCACUAUGAAGAAGGACACAUUCCUGGCAUUUUAAUAAUAAUAUUCUAUGGCAUUUCCAUAUGUUGUCUGGUUGCCUUGGUGAGGGCCUCCUUAACUGAUCCUGGAAGACUCCCUGAGAAUCCCAAGAUCCCACAUGCAGAGCGGGAGCUGUGGGAGCUGUGCAACAAGUGUAACUUGAUGAGGCCGAAGCGCUCCCACCACUGCAGCCGCUGUGGCCACUGCGUCAGGAGGAUGGACCACCACUGUCCUUGGAUAAACAAUUGUGUGGGUGAAGACAACCAUUGGCUCUUUCUGCAGUUGUGUUUCUACACUGAGCUGCUUACUUGCUACGCACUGAUGUUUUCUUUCUGCCAUUAUUAUUAUUUUCUUCCACUAAAACAGCGUAAUUUGGACCUCUUUGUUGUUCGACAUGAGCUGGCUAUCAUGAGACUAGCUGCCUUCAUGGGCAUUACUAUGUUAGUUGGAAUAACUGGACUCUUCUAUACACAACUGAUUGGCAUCAUCACAGAUACAACAUCUAUUGAAAAAAUGUCAAACUGUUGUGAAGAAAUAUCGCGGCCCCGAAAGCCAUGGCAGCAGACCUUCUCAGAAGUUUUUGGCACUCGUUGGAAGAUCCUGUGGUUCAUUCCUUUCAGGCAGAGGCAACCACUGCGAGUUCCCUACCACUUUGCCAAUCACGUCUAAACAGAUGGAUGGUGGGCACAGAUGGGUCCUCCAUGCUGGAAAUGCGUUACAGGUUUUAUGAGAAUAGAACUAUGACAGUCUUCAAGUCAAUUAAAAUCCACCCACCAAUCUUAGGCAUCAUAAUGUGCCCCAGGCUUCGUUUUAAUAGUGAUCUUGAUCCUGUUGUGGGGCUAAUACAGGAUCUAUAUUUAAGUUUUAAAAGCAUGUUUACUUUUAAAUUAGCCUUCCAAGAGGAUUUCUUUAAAUGCAUCUGUUACUAAACUCAAAAGGCAGUGAUUGGGAUGAAACAAUUGUACAUAAAUUUUCUUCAGUACUCACAAUAUUUUAAAUUUUAAUUUAUAGGAAAUUUGAGAUGUUUUAUGUUUAUCUUUAAGCAGUUCUAACCAAAUUUGAAUUUACUUCAAGUUUACAAAGCUGGAUACACUUUGUUAUAUGCAAAUUUUCUGUUUUGAAUCUAAGUUAAAAUGUUAUCAGUACUUGCUUUUAUGUGUGCUGCAGGGAUUUGACAGCACAGUGAACAAACAGGCGCAGGGCAUGCUAGGAGCAACUCUCUGAUGCACUUCCUUCUCCUCAAAGCCACAGACGACACCACGAGUGCAGUGCACCAACUCUUACCUUAGUGUGAGGGAGAGACCGUUUCCCUUCUUCUGCCUUCACUGAUUGCUGUUAGAAUAUGUGCUCCCAGGAGAAAUGUGUGACCAGUCAGGCAUGGAUUCCUGCUUUACCCUUAGAUUCUAAUGACUGAAGAGGGUAGGAAGUUUGCAAUAAUACCAGUUACUUCAAGUGCAGUUAUAUUAGAAAACAGAUGUUUUAAAAUGCUAAACAGAAUGGUGUGUAAUAUACAGUGUAAAGAGGAAAACUGUGCUUUUAAAGUAUAUACACUUUUAUUUAUCUGCCAGUAGAUAUCACUGUACACAUUGAAGAUUUAUGUAUUAUAGAAUAGAUGCUGGUCAACUCAUAUCAAAGUUUAAAAGUAGUCACUAAAUUUAUAUGCCAGUAAUCACCCAAGUUGAAAUUGAAUUUCCAUUGGCCAAUUACAAUUUGCAUCACUUUAGAGACCUUUUAUUAAUUAUUAUAUGUCAGGAAAUUAUUAUAAAAUAGAAUUAUCUAUGGUAGUGAUGGUCCCUUAACAAACAUAAGCCUUUUGUAUACAAAGACAUUUUGUAUGGUUUAAGUUUUUUCAUUUAGAAUACUGCAAAUCCAUAUGGUUGUAUGCUUAGUGACCUUUUCCCUGAAGAGAAUAUUGAACAAAUCUACCAUUCUUGAACCAUAUGUAUACUUUUCUUAUAAGUAGUUGUUAAGUAAGGAAUCAUAGCUGGGAAAUACUGUGGCUAGUUCUUUCAGAUACUGUAAAUGUCUUAUAAAAUAUUCUGAAUAGAAUAAUCUCUUUGCAGAAAUAUUAAUACCAUAUUUUCACAUUCUAAUUAUGUUUAUUAUUUAAAAACUUAGAAGUGGCAGAUGAAAAUAUUUAUUGGUGCUAAGACAUAUAGUAGGUUUAAUAUAAGAAACCUUUAUGAAGGUUAGGAAACAUAAAAAUUAGUAUGUUUUAGUAUAGGCCAAGGGGUUGGAUUUUGUGUGAGCUGAUUGACUAAAUUGGCCAAUGACAGUUAAUAAAGGAAGUGGUGUAUAUAUAAUGUCAGGAGAUAGAAGUUGAAUGCCUUCAGCUGUAUAUAUUCAGUUCACUAGACCUGAGCACCCAUAGCAGAGCCAAAUGAAGGCCCAGGACGGAGCUCUGCAGACUGCAUUAGCUUCUGGAGUAGUAGCAGCUCUGACAGGUAAUGGGGAUGAUCACUUCCCCGUGCUGGAGAUGGUGGGCUCGGUCUGCUUACAUUUACCACUUCUGGACACAUGAUCUUCUCUUUCCCUUUACUCUCCCCAGUCCUGACCCCUCUCUGCAGUUUCCUAACUAGUCAUUGUACUUAAUGCACUAGUUUGAUCUACAGAAAUGCUGUUAUUGAUGUAUUUACAUAAGAAUCUAUAUUGCAGUAUAUCUAUAUAUACUUACAUAGUAUUGUCAAAUGUAUAUGUCUAACCCCACAAAGGGGUUUGUAAUCACUAUUUAGAUUCCUAGAGAAAAGCCUGGUGGCCAUUUCCUAGGGAUUAAGCUCCUAUGUUCUUUCUGCGCCCUCUUUUGGCUAAUUGAUGUAUUAGCCUGGCUCUUGAGGCUUUUACUGUCCUGUUAGUGGGUUGUAUGACCAAUCUGUGAACAUGCCAGAGGUAUACACUUAUAGGAACAUAUGUAUAAAAGUGUAAAGUUUUAUAAAAAUUGAAGAUUAAUGUGCUAUUGUGAUGUUCCUUUUAGGUAAUCUGCUUGGCUUCAUGUAUGGAUACUCCUGUGCACUUUUACUGUCAGUCACAAAUUUGGUUAGGAUAAGCUAUUUCAUGUAUUUUACUUUAAACCUUACUUUGGCAACUUAUUUUGUUAGCAUUAUAUAAACUUACUUAAAAUACUAUUUUAUUAUAAAACAAAACAUUUAUUACAGUUGCUGUGUUAUCCAGUAUGUUUUACUGAGUAUGAAAAAAAUUUUUCGAUUCAAUUUUGGGAUGGUCCCCUUCCACACACAUAUAGGCACAAUUGCCUUAAAAUAAUUAGUAAUUGGUUAAUAAUACAUUUUUUCUUUGCUUUUUAAAAAACUCAGUGAGAGAUAACCCUGUAGAUUCAAUAGCCCUCUUAUUUGUCCCUCUGAGUAACCAUGGGAAUAACUACACAUGUAGUGUCUUCAGAAGCAAUGGAGCAAGGAGAGAGCCCUUCAUCUCUACAUUGCAUUGAAGUAUUUAUAAACUUCCUGUUUAAUUUUAGCUAAAUGUGUGUUAAAUGAUAUUUUUACAUUAGCAAAGUUACCUCUUGGGAUUCUGCAGUUAAACUGUUAAGACCAGGCUGCAGAUACUUGGUAAACAAUUAGAGUUGGGCUUGUAAGGUGGUUCCGUACAUAAAGGUAUUUGCUGUGCAGGGAUCCACUUAGGUGAAGAAGGAAAAAAGAACCUGAUUCCAUAGAAUUGUUCACUGACCUCCACAAACAUGCCUUGGCACUCAUGCCCCCUCCCGCAUAAUCCAUCCCUCCAUCCAUUCAUUCAUUCAUUCAUUCAUUGUCUCACACACACCACACACACAAAGUUUUUUGAUAUCUAAUUGAAUAAGCUUGAUGUAGGUAACAAAGAACUGAGUUCAGAAUCUUCUAAACAUUAAACAGUCUACUAGGGAGUCUUUGUUACCAGACUUCCAUUUCAAAUUACUAUGCUAGCUGAUGUUACAUGAAAAUAAAAAUCUAUUUUGUUUUAUAAUUUACAUUUAAAAUGUUUUAGUUAACAUAAAAGCCAUUUAAAAUUGUAGCUAACAUAGUAACCUGUUUUUCAGAAGACAGUUUACUUUUAAUAGUAAUAAAGUAGGGGCUGGUGUGUACCUCAAAAAUAGAGAGCGCAAGAUGCCGAGGAUUUAAUCCUAAGAACCAGGAAAAGACAGGAAGAGGAUAUAGCAACCUAUUGCUUAGCAAUAGCGAUGCAGUAGAUGCAGGAAAACGGAGUUGAACAUCUCGGAACAUUUCAUGAAUGUGUAGAAGUGGUUCUAUGAAGGGUGGUGGCUCAUUUUAGCUAUUCUUAAUGAGACUUCGGGUUAUUUCCAUACAAGUAGCUAACUGUUUUGCUCGAAAGAUAUAUUAAUUCUAAUCAGUAACACAAAGACUCAAAUUAAGGACACCCUUCCAAAUGGGAGAUACAAAUGAAUUUAGUUAUUUAGUUCUUGGGUAGUUUGAAUGUAUUUCUAAAAAAGAAAAAAAUCACAAUUUGUCUUGCAGUGGCUUAAUAUGGCAUUAAUAUUCAUUAGCAUUAUGCUAAUUCUGUCUAGAGUGUCUGUUCUCUGGGUAGUUCUCUUGUGUGACAUGUAUCAGUAAAUAGAUAGCCUAGCUACAAUUCACUAAACUAUAGUACUUCAUUAUAUAAAUUUUGACAUGACCUCUACUAUACAUACAUAUAUUGGGAAUUUAUUGCAAACAUUAUGUAAUUUACUAAUAGGUAAAACAUUAGACUUUUAUCCACCUCUACUAAUGCUUUGAAAAUCACAAAUAUUGGCAAAUGUAGUUAGUAAGUCCUGUAAAUUUAGUGUGUUCUACUUGCUAGCAUUAUUGACCAUGUAAUUAAUGAGUGAGAAUAUGAUUCCGUACUCACAUCUGUUAUUGCCUUCUGUUGCAGGUACCAUGCUCAGAGCUUGCUUACAAAUAAAAAUUUUAGUAUAACUUAUGUUAAGCUGUUCUUAGAUUUUACAAUAUUUUAUAGUAGAACAUGGGAAAGUAUUAGAACCUCUUUACAUGAAUUACUUUAUACCAGUAUUGUCACUGACUAUAUGAACCAAUAUUUAGUAUUUCUGCUACUUUUGUGAUGGUGAUGACUUAGCACCAAGAAGUGACUUUUAUCACUUCUUCCAUUAUCUUUAUGCAUUUUUUUAAACAAAGUUUAUUUUUUAAAAUCCAUUGUGUUAAAACCAACAAUAUUUUAUCAAUUCUUUAGAUGUGGCAAUAUUACCUGCUAGUGAUAAUUUGAAGCAAAUUAUUAUUAUUAUUAUUAUUAUUAUUAUUAUUAUUAUUAUUAUUAUUAUUUGGAGACAGGGUUUUACUGGCUUUGCACUCAGAGUCCUCCUAUCUUUGCCUCCCAUGUUCUGGGAUUCUAGGCAUAUGCUACCAUGCCUGGCUUGGUGAUUAAAAUUCCUAAGUCAUUGCUAAUACUGAUUUUUCAUUAUCAUAUCUUUUACCAUAUGACAGCUUCUCCUCUGUGUCUAUCCUAGAAUGAUGCAAUGAGUAAUGCAUAUCCAACAACUAGAUUAAGAAAGCCGGGGACAUUAGUAAGAUGGAGCGGGGGCUAAGUGGGCAUGAGUGGCCAGCAUCUCAAAAGGGCUGACUAGAGACCAGGCUGGAGCCAGCGCUGUCCUGCCACCUCCUCAUCCCACUGACACGUGUCACUGUAGAGCCCUGUGACACGUGUGUAGAUACCUGCACAGUUGUUCUGGGAAGCUUUUGGUUCGAGCUGUUUGGCCUCCACUUACUGUUCUUUCUCCUUAGCUGGCCAGAUGCUCUUGAGAGAUUGUUUUUAAUUUCAGAUAAUUGUGUAGGAUAAGUUAACUUAAAGCAUUUUUUGUAUGCACAUGUUAAAAAUAACAUGGAAGUGUAGCUGUGAUACAAAGGAGAAAUGAUAGCUUGCCCAGAGUUUGAAAAGAACUGGAACCUGUCUGUGGAGUCUUAUGGCAGUGAAAGAAUACUGAGUCACUAGAGAAAAUCAACAACGAAGGAAGGAAGGAAGGAAGGAAGGAAGGAAGGAAGGAAGGAAGGAAGGAAGGAAGGAAGGAAGGAAAGAAGGGAGGGAAAGAAGGAAGGGACCUAUUGGUGUUUGUGAGACUCGAGGUCAUCGUUUCUGAAGCCCUUUCUGAUUCAUUCCCUCAUGUAUAGGUAGUGCUUCCCAUAGUCGCUCAACUGUGUAAUUAACUAAUUGCACGUAUAAAACAUAGUUUUCAUCUCAAUAGCUUUAUACAGAAAGCUGCAGCCUGAGCCGCUGGAGCCGCAGGCAUGCCUCCUCUGUGCUCUGCUUUCCCGUUUCACUCAGCACAGGGUCUGGUUGUCUGUGUGCUGUCAGUUAGAGGGGAGACAGGUCUGCAUACUCAUAGCUGUGUCCAAGCCAGUGUGCGUGGAUGCUAUUUUAACCUACUCGUGCCUGAAAUUAGUGUUUUACAACCUGAACAAUUAAGACAUCCUGGUGCUAUUCACUUUAGCAUUGAGUUACAUUUUUAAUUCUUGAACCAAAGAGUUAGUUUUCUUUUUGGUUGACUGAGAGCUUCUUACGUCUGUGUCUGCAGACGUGAACAGUCUAUUGACAGCUUACUUUCAGCAGAGUCAAUUGAAAAUGAAUCUUCUUUAGACUUUUUUUUUU